AAUCCUAUUUUAACUCUAACUCGUUUAUCCAACUCUGAGUCUGAGAAGGGGAGACUGGAGGUGGAGAGCCCUUGUAUAACUUUCCCACGGUACCAAGUACGAAAGAACGCUACAUGAAAAUUGGGAAGUUGAGCAUUCUGGCAAUUCCCCAAUUAUCCGAGAUUUACAAAGCGCAGGUUUUUAUUUCCGGAUUGUGAAAACCCCUCCUUUCCCUCCAUUAGUUUCUUCAUUGAGCCCUAACUUUAUCAAUAUCAGAAUGCAACCCAGAUGCUUUAGACCCAUUUUUUCAACUAUCCAAUUCAUCCCACCACUAGAAACCUGUAAUCUUUAAUACCCAGAAGUAUAUUUUGCCUUUUCUUUUUUUUUUUCUUGUGAAAUUAUCGUUAUUAUUAUUUAGUUCGAUCAUCCAUUUGUUUGUGUGCUAUGGCGACCCAGAAGCCUCAGAGGUCCCUAGCAGAAGUAGAAGACAUUAUUCUUCGAAAAAUAUUCUUAGUCUCCCUCAUUGACUCUAUGGAGAAUGAUUCCCGUAUCGUCUACUUGGAGAUGACUGCUGCUGAAAUUCUCAGCGAGGGAAAGGAACUGCUGCUUUCGCGGGAUUUGUUGGAGCGGAUUCUCAUCGAUCGCCUCUCGGGUCAGUUCCCCGGCGCGGAACCACCUUUUCCUUACUUGCUUGGAUGCUACCGUCGUGCUUGUGAAGAGGGGAAGAAGAUCACCUCCAUCAAGGACAAGACCCGUCAGUCGGAGAUGGCAUCCGUUGUUUCACAGGCUAAGAAAUUGGCUGUCUCCUAUUGUCGGAUCCACUUGGGCAAUCCCAAUAUGUUUCCAGACAACGAAAACAUAAAUUCGGCAAAUAAGACUACAGUUUCACCUCUACUUCCGUUGAUUUUCUCUGAAGUUUCGGUCAGUGGAUUAGGAGGAAGUAGUGUUGGCGGUGGACCAGGGUGUCCCCCAGGUUUCUUAGAGGAAUUUUUCCAGGAUUCCGAUUUGGAUAGUUUGGAUCCAAUUUUGAAGGGAUUGUUCGAAGAUUUGAGGGGGAGCGUGCUUAAGGUGUCCGCGCUCGGAAACUUUCAGGAACCACUGAGAGGGUUGUUGCUGUUGGUGACUAAAUUUCCUAAUGCUGCGAAGGCUCUGGUAAAUCAUCCUUGGUGGAUCCCAAGAGGGACUUACGUGAACGGUCGUGUUAUUGAAAUGACCAGCAUUUUGGGUCCCUUCUUUCAUGUCAGUGCUCUUCCUGACCAUACUAUUUUCAAAAGUGAACCUGAUGUGGGCCAGCAGUGCUUCUCAGAAGCAUCAACACGUCGUCCAGCUGAUAUAUUGUCUUCUUUUGCAACUAUCAAGACUGUUAUGAAUAACUUAUAUGAUGACCUCGAAAAAGUUAUUCGUGCUCUCCUUCAAAAGGCUGAUACACGAGAGAGCACUAUUGAGUAUCUUGCAGAGGUGAUCAAUAAAAACUCAUCAAGGGCUCACAUACAGGUCGAUCCAUUAUCCUGUGCAAGUUCAGGCAUGUUCAUCAAUCUCAGUGUUGUCAUGCUUAAGCUCUGUGAACCUUUCUUAGAUCUAAAUUUGACAAAGAGGGACAGAAUUGAUCCAAAGUAUGUAUUUCACAGUACGCGUUUGGAUUUAAGAGGACUGACAGCCCUCCAUGCAUCAUCGGAGGAAGUUGUAGCAUGGAUUGAUAAAGAUAAUCCUUCCAAACAAAUGAGUGAUGAAGAGAAACGCAUAUUACAAUCUCAAGAAGCAACUAGCUCGGGAAGUUAUUCCAGUGGACUAUCUCUCCUCUCUAAUGCUAAGCCAAUGUCAAGUUGUGGUGUGAAAAUAAAAUAUAAUUUCAUUUGCGAAUGCUUCUUUAUGACUGCAAGGGUGCUCAACCUGGGGUUGGUAAAGGCAUUUUCUGACUAUAAGCAUCUAAUCCAGGAUUUAUCAAGGUGUGAAAACACUCUGUCUAGUUUAAAAGCCAUGCAAGAGCAAGCGCCCUCACCACAACUUGAGCUAGAUAUAGCUCGCCUUGAAAAAGAAAUUGAGACAUAUUCACAAGAGAAGCUAUGUUAUGAUGCUCAGAUAAUGAAGGACCAAGAACUUCUUCGGCAUGCCCUAUCCUUCUACAGGUUAAUGGUAGUUUGGUUGGUUGGCCUUGUUGGUGGAUUUAAAAUGCCACUGCCAUCAAGUUGCCCAAUGGAAUUUGCAUGUAUGCCGGAACACUUUGUUGAAGAUGCCAUGGAAUUGCUUAUAUUAGCCUCUCAGAUUCGUGAUAGAGAAAACCCUCUUAGGGUGUUCCCAUUGGAUGACUUUAUGAACUUUGUUAUCAUGUUCAUGGCAAGCCCAAAUUAUAUCAGAAAUCCAUAUCUAAGAUCGAAGAUGGUAGAGGUGUUGAACUGUUGGAUUCCACAUAGAAGUGGUUUACCCGAGACAGCUGCCCUUUUUGAAGGACAUCAACUAUCACUUCAGUAUCUUGUCCGGAAUCUUCUGAAGCUUUAUGUUGACAUUGAGUUCACAGGAUCUCAUACACAGUUCUAUGACAAGUUCAACAUCCGCCAUAAUAUUGCUGAACUUCUUGAAUACCUCUGGGAGGUUCCUAGCCAUCGUAAUGCUUGGAGGCAGAUUGCAAGGAAAGAAGAGAAAGGGGUUUAUUUGAACUUUUUGAACUUCCUGAUCAAUGAUAGCAUCUAUCUGCUUGAUGAAAGUCUUAACAAAAUUCUUGAACUCAAAGAAUUGGAAGCUGAGAUGUCCAAUACUGUAGAAUGGGAGCGAAGGCCAGCUCAAGAGAGGCAGGAGAGAACCCGAUUAUUUCACUCCCAAGAGAAUAUUAUUCGAAUUGAUAUGAAAUUGGCAAAUGAAGACGUGGGUAUGCUGGCGUUUACUUCAGAAGAGAUUUCAGCUCCUUUCCUUCUUCCAGAGAUGGUUGAAAGAGUGGCCAGUAUGCUGAAUUACUUCCUGUUACAACUUGUGGGCCCUCAACGGAGAGCUCUUCGUCUGACGGAUCCUGAAAAGUAUGAGUUCCGGCCAAAAAAGCUGCUUAAACAGAUUGUUGACAUAUACGUUCAUCUGGCAAGGGGAGAUAAAGAAAAUAUUUUUCCAUCUGCCAUCUCAAGGGAUGGUCGCUCAUACAAUGAGCAGUUGUUUACUGCUGCAGCUGAUGUUCUAAGAAGGAUAGGCGAGGAUGGAACAGUCGUACAAGAAUUUGUUGAGUUGGGUGCAAAGGCUAAAGCUGCAGCUUCUGAGGCAAUGGACACAGAAGCAGCCCUUGGAGAUAUACCGGACGAGUUCCUUGACCCAAUUCAAUACACAUUAAUGAAGGAUCCUGUGAUCCUCCCUUCCUCAAGAAUCACAGUAGAUCGACCAGUCAUCCAGAGGCACCUUCUGAGUGAUAAUACUGAUCCAUUUAAUCGUUCCCAUCUUACACAAGACAUGCUCAUUCCAAACACUGAACUCAAGGCAAGAAUUGAAGAGUUCAUCAGAUCCCAAGAACUGAAGAAGCAUGGGGAAGGUCUAAGGCAGCAAUGCAAACUGUCAAUAGCGAAAUGACCUUAAUCGAGUAGGAUUUUGAUCCUAAUGCUUGCAACAGCAGUGUCCGUAAGGGUCUGAAAGUAGCAAUAGUUACAGGAAAGCUAUGCACAUUGUAUAAUGGAUGAUGUCUUGCGGUUUGAGUUAAUUUAUAUAAUUGAUAUGCCAUCUAAUCGGUAGAAUGACCUCAUAAGUCAUAACCAGAAGAACUCAUAGUUAGUGCCUCGUUAGGAGAACCAAAUUUAUAACGAUAUCAUUUGAAAUAUAUUUAUUGCGUUUAGCAUUUGAAAC